GUACUAUAAUGUCUAUUUACAAUAUUCUGAAUGAGCCAUUUGAUAAGUCGCUUAAUAAAAUCUACGAUGGACCAAAAAAAGAAGUGUAUACUGAUAUUUUAUCAGACCAUCUAAUUUAAUACCCAUAAGUUAUACAUCAUUUACAACGAUAUGCCAUUUAAUGACGUGAAAGGAAUGCAAAUAGCCUUGGAAGAGGCUAGGAAGGGAUAUGAAGAAGGAGGGGUUCCUAUUGGAGGAGCUCUCAUAGCAGAAGAUGGUACUGUAUUAGGUAGAGGACAUAAUAUGAGAUUUCAAAAGGAUUCAGCAACCUUACAUGGUGAAAUAUCAACUUUAGAGAAUGCUGGUAGGUUAAAGGGAAGUGUAUAUAAGAACUGUACUAUGUAUACUACAUUAUCACCAUGUCAUAUGUGUUCUGGUGCUUGUUUAAUGUAUGGUAUAAAGAGGGUCGUAUUAGGGGAAAAUAAGAAUUUUGUAGGUGCUGAAGAGUUAUUAAAAUCAUCUGGAGUUGAAGUUGUCAAUUUAAAUAAUCAAGAAUGUAUUGAUUUAAUGAAGAAAUUUAUAGAUGAAAGACCACAAGAUUGGUAUGAGGAUAUUGGGGAAUAGGUUUGGAAAAUCUAAUUUUAAAAGUUUCGAAUACAAAAAAUAAUAGUAUCAAAUCAAAUUUGGCUGCUACUGCUUAAAUAUAAUU